GCCAAGGUACAAGCGUACUAGGAAAGCUGAUCAUUCUCAAAGCCCCAAGAGGAGGAAACUAGCCCUCGAAUCACGACGUCGAUUUCUUCUUUCCACCGUCCCCUCCAACUCAGCUAGUGGACUGACUAUCCUGCUAACAUCGCCGUAGGGCCUCUUAAAAGCCCUAAUAAUCCCCAAUCCGAAUACUUGGUUGAGACACUUAUCCGGAACCAAUUUUCCAUCGCUGUGAGCUGCCUUCGAGAGAACGUUCGGCUCUAGGUGGCGGGUAGAUCAGGCGCCUGCGCACCCUAGACAGAAAUCUAAACAAUCAACCGAGAAAUCCGCCGAUAACCUCUUCUCCUCCGCAUAUAUUUCCGCCUUGCAACCCGUGAUUCUCCCUCGACGUCUUCUCUUCGUUACAGGAGCUAGCCCUCUAUCUUCAUAGAUGAGUUCUUGUUCCUAACCAGAGACUCACUUAAUUUUUACAUGCAGUCACCUCACACGUGAUCUUACGGACUCACCGAACAAGGUAAAUUUCAACAACACCCGUGUCGCUUUUCACUCCCUCCCUACGCUCAUUCCCAUCUACACAUUCGGCUUCCUCCCAUUUCGGCCGUUGGUGGUUUAAAUUCUCACUCCGUCAAAUUUAGCGGACGAAAGCGUUGUUCUCCCUGUUCAUUAUAGUCUUAGGUGGAUGCUCUUGGUGAAUCAGCUAUCAAGAUGAGUUCCGGCGACAACUCGGAUCGCGCGGCGGAGCUCCGCCAGGAACAACGCAGAGCGAUUCACAAUCUGCAGUUGGAAUCACAUCCUCGAGCCCUUACGUCUCCCCGUAUUCUCAGGCGGUUCCUCGAGUCUCGGCUUCAUGAGCUCCUGGUUAACUGCGACUGUAACAGCCACGAAAUGCUCUUAAUUUCGACGCAAUCUUUCCGGGACGCGGACACAGCUUUUGUCUCAACAUUUUGCGGACGAUGUCGGUACCAUUUCCACGUGCGGAGUAAUUUCAAGCAUGCUAGGCCAUACGACGAGGUACAUCACCUCAUGCACAUGCUUAUCCCCAGCGCCCAGCGGUCGGAAAAGGAACUGCAAGCGGAACGCGCCGGUUAUGAUGACACUAUCGGCUAUGCUAAGUUCAUAUGCGCCGUUGAUGAAUGUCUGUUCAACAUCGAGAUCUCUGUUAUGCCUCCGAAAAUAUUGCUGAGUGAGUUGCGGGCUCUCAACGAUAACAGCCGAGUCGCGCACAAUCUCAAACUCGCUCGGGAGGAAGAUGAACAGAGGUAUUCGGAUGUUAGCGACGACUACGGGAUUGGAACCACCAGUGUGCUUAAUACGUAUCUUAACGAUGCGCUUCAGCAUACCGGAGAGCGGCCACUCAGAAUUAAGAAGCGCAACAAGAAGUUCCGGGUGACAAUCAGCACGGAUUUUGACCCCCUACUGAGACGCCUCGGAUUCUACGAGGGGAACGAAGCCGAAACUGAUGAGGCGUGCUGGUUCAUUACUACGCCAAAGGAGGAGCGGGACCCCACACCCGUUCAGACAUUGAGAGCGUUGAUGGAGGAUGCGCAGGCGGAGCUCGAGGCCAUUUUGUGCUUCAAAUCAAAACCUGCUUGGGAUCCACUUGUCGCGGCCUUUCAAGGUGACUACUUAGAUAUUGCGCUCGACCCUAACCAGAUCUCGCGAAUUUCAGAGACAGACUUGGACCUGCUAGGCUGUCUAGUAGGCUACCCGCCUCGACAUUUCAGCUGGGCUGCUAUACUCUUAGCUGGGUUGAAACCACAGUUCCGAGAUAGAUACCUAGAUGCGGGCCUGCGUUGCAUUCUCGAUCGCAGUGUUGACGCGUCGACGGAUAUCGUCAUGUACAAAUCCCAAUUCGACGAACUAUCUUCCAUGGAAAGGAGGAUACGGGAAGCUUUCGAUUUUUUCAAGGCUUCUCCUGAAGAUGGGCUCACUUCUAUCUGGUUUAUCCAAGCAUACGACGCGAUGACUAAAGCCAACUGCAGUGACGAUUAUAAAGCUCAAGCCGAGCAGCAUCUCGAAGUCAUCGGCAACUAUCUAGAUCGAGAUAUUCUGAGCGAGAUUACCUCUCAGGCUCCGAAUCAUCCAGUUAGCCCAGUGGAAAUGAGCUACUCUACGGCAGCAGGUCUACUGGGUGUGGAAACUCACUAUACGGCGGAGAUCAUCUCCGAAUUCGUUGGUCGAAUAUUACUCGACGAUACUACAGACCGCGUGAAGGUUGUGGAGGCUCUAAAUGUUCUAUCGGAAUACAAGAGCCAACAAAACGAGGCAGACGAGGCAAAAAGCCUGCGAGAGCUUGCCGAAAUCGUUGCGGCUACCGAAGGCGCACCGACAUUAGUCCCCGAGCCUCAAUCAUCGGUACAGCAAACAUCAUCUUUGGCCACGCCCCCGGGACUGAAGAAUAUCGGCAACACAUGCUACCUAAACAGUCUCUUACAAUAUUUCUAUAACGUCAAGGUUGUACGUGAUCUUGUAUUAGACUUCGACCAAGCCAAGCUUGAUCUUGACGAGGAGACGAUUGGGCGACGCCGAACAGGGGGUAACGGGACAAGCGUCAGUCUCGAAGAAGCUAUCGUCGCUAGGCAAUUCGUCGAGAUGCUCCGGGACUUAUUUACCGAUUUACAGACGACUACUAACGCCGCUGCCCAACCAUCGCAGAAGCUUGCCAACACCGCACUCUCUUCGGCGAGAGACAUCCUGGACCGGCGAUCGCAGAACAAGCCGCCGCCACUGCCAGCCCGUCCUUCGCCGGCGCCGCCGACCCUGCCGCAGACUAGCGACACCGAUGCCGUAAAUAAUGCGGUGAACAUCACAGUUGAGACCGUAAAUCCUCACCAUGAGGUUACUAGCUCUAGGAGUUCCCAAACUCUAGUUGACGAGGGCGAUGACACAACGAUGUCAUACACCCAAUCCGAGAUUGAAGAAGUUAAGGAGUCCUUAGUCAAAGUGUUCGAAGGCUCUGCCCCUUCUUCGCAAUUCGAGGGCAAUAACCCCUCCGUUCCUCAAUCGCGCGAUGCUACAAGCGUACAAAAUUCUUCUGAGCCUUUGAGUCUCGACGAAAGGAUCGCUCAAGUCUCUCGCCGUCUAGAACACUCGGACCGAUCGGGAACGACCCAAGAGGACGUGGGAGAAAUUAUCGGCUACAUACUAGAACAUUUUAUGCGUGCAAUCCGUCCAGAUGGCCCGAUGCCUGACAAACCGGAGCUGCAAGCUGACAAGAUUACGGACACCUUUUUCACAACAAUCGUCAAUUCCACAGUGAAGACCCAGAAGGGCUAUCCAACCAGCGCUCUCGCGUCACGCUCCGAGAGUCCCCUUAACGUGGAAAUCGUUCCGGAGCGUUGGAUAACGGCCUACCCAGACGGUACGAACAAUGUUAAAUGCACAUUGUUCGAAGCUUUAGAUCGUUACUUCUCAUACGAGUUAAUCGGGGACGGGAACCACGCGCGAUAUAGCAGUAUUCGAACACUCCCACCCAUUGUGCACAUCUGCAUUCAACGAACCACCCAAAGGGGUAAGAACGAGAAUCCGGUCAUCAUACCAGAGAUACUGUUUUUAGAUCGGUACAUGGAGUCCGAAGAGGACUCGCAGCUAUGGCUCACCCGUAAAAGGGCAUGGGCACUUAAGGAGCGCCUCAAGGAACUCGAGGUCGAGUAUACCCAUAACAUCCAAGCCGACCCCGAGAAGUUGCGCGCGAUUACGUCUGCGAAGGACGCCGAGUACCGAAAGUACGGGGAGCCAGUGGUGCAAGAGGGGCACGAGGAGUUUGAGAAGCAGAGGGUGCAUCGGAAACCGCAGAAGCUUGAAAGCAUGGACACAUCGGAAAUAGCAGCAUACAUCGCAAAGGCGCCCCCCGAUAUAAUGGACCAAGCGCCUACGGGACAAACGAUAUUGGAGGAUAUACCCCGAGGACGAAAACGGAGGCUCGCUAACGCACAAGAAAAUGGGCUUUCGAAGAGAGUUGCCGUCUCGCCUUCGUCGACCGAGGACCUGACUAAAGUGGAAUUCGCCGAAUCUACUUGGGAGGCCAAUAAACCGCUGGAAGCGAUGACACGAGCGGAGCUUGUUGACCUCCGCCAGAGGGAAGAGAAGACCUUCGAAGCUAUGACAAACGAGAAGUACAGCCUUCACGCUGUCAUCUGCCAUAGUGGCGGCGCCACCGCAGGACACUACUGGGUCUGGAUUCGGGAUUUCAAGCGCAACGUUUGGUAUAGAUACAACGAUGAAACGGUCACGGAGGAUACCCGCGGUUCGGAGGCCGUACUAAAGGACCUGAACGACAGCGGAAAUCCUUACUACGUCGCAUAUGUUCGCGACGAGCUACGGGAUCAAUUAGUCGACGUGCCACAGCGUUGUAGGCCCGAGGCCGGCGACUUUUCGGACGCGGGCCCAGAGGUCGAGAUGAUCGAAGGUGUGGUACCCGAGCCCGUCGAGGAAGCGCCGAACCACCAGAGCAGCUCGUGGCCAGAGACCACCGAAUGGUAAUCACCUAGGCUUUAGGACGACCGACCUAGUCUGUCCUACUAUAGUGGGGAAACAAUUAUACAUGUGGCUCAUCAGCCCCGCUGUCGCAUUGUACGGGGAGUUUAUGUGAGUCUGCAGGGAGGUGCCUAUUACGACUUAUGUCGGUGAACAUGGGAAGGCGAAUUGACAAAACGGCCAUGUUGUUCUAUCUCGCUCACGUUGGGGGGGCCUAUGACGAUGGGGACGAGCAUCGGUACCUUGAUCGUGUGGCCUAGGCGAACCGUGAAGACUUAGUUAGGAGACGUAUAAUAGAGAAAGUGGCGGGCCGGUAGAUAGACCCCAAGGAUAUGAUUCACUGCGCGACGGCGGCGGAGUGGAGAGCAUCGAGAUUACGUCUACAUAUUAGCUAAUUAACUGCACGCCUCCU